AUGCCUGCUCUGGUCUACCGACAGCCUCUUCUGCAGGAACUUAUCCGGCUGCAGAUAAUCGGUUGCGGGUACCUAACGACCGCCCCCGGUGAUGCAGUGUACGAUCAGUGGAGAGAUACGCAGUAUAAUAUGACUGUGCAAGCUGCAGAACAACCACGUCUUUUCCGACGAAAUGAUCCCGGUACUAAACGAGAAGAUUGGAGCAAAUGGCCGCCAAUGACCUUCGACGACAUGGAUUCAACGCUAAAUGUCCAACAGUAUAUCCAACAAACUAUUCAGCAAAAUCCUGCUGAAAUAGAUGUUAUUCUUGCUCCGCCACCUGAUCUUGAUGAUGGAGUGUGGAAAUACGAGCAUCUUCGCCAGUUUUGUCUUCAGCUCAACGGUUUGGCUUUCAUGCUGCAGGAAGAAUGCAAUCCUGAAACCUGCAUUCAAAUGACCGCUACUGAGCAAUGGAUCUUCCUUUGUGCGGCACAUAAGAAUCCGAAGGAGUGCUCUGCGAUCGACUACACCAGGCAUACACUUGAUGGUGCCGCGUCUUUGCUUAAUAGUAACAAAUACUUUCCCAGCAGGAUUAAUAUAAAAGAAUCAUCUUUGUCGAAGUUAGGGUCCGUUUGCCGUAGAGUUUAUCGAAUAUUCUCACACGCCUAUUUCCAUCACAGACAGCUAUUUGAUGAGUUCGAAAACAGCACUCACCUUUGCAAACGGUUUACGACUUAUGUAACAAAAUACAACCUAAUGGCUCAAGAGCAUCUCAUCGUCCCAAUUCUGCCAAGUCAACAGCCAUAA